CAAACAAAAGGGAACUCAAAAGAAAAUCCCUUAAAUUCUCCCACCUAAAGUAGACGGUCUUCAUACGGAUUCUUACCACUCAAUAUAGGUUGACUCUCCCACUCAUAUAAUCUUAAAUCUUCUCCUUUAUAUUUCCUCUUCAACUCUUCACUCUUUGCUCUUCUGUCUACUAUUUUACUUCGAGAGAAAUAACACAAACAAAACAACAGGAAAAAAUAUCCUUUUUUUAAUUUCCUUUAUCAAAAAGAUGACGUGCCAAAGCUUUGUUUUCACCAGAAAAAAGAACGUUCUGUUCCUAAGAAGCUUCACAAUUUUAGUGCUAAGCUGGGUAAUUAUCAAACCAAAUUUUUGUUUUUCCAGUGUCCUGUCCUCAUUGAAAGCCCUUCAUUUAGAAGGCCAUAUUACUUUCGAAAACAAUGAGUUUGCAGCCCGAGAUUUCGGCAAUCAAAUUCAUGUCCACCCUUUAGCAGUAGUCCAUCCGAAAUCCGUUGCUGAUAUUUCAGAAAUAAUAAAACAUGUUUGGCAAAUGGGUCCGAGUUCUGAAUUGACCGUGGCAGCACGAGGCCACGGUCAUUCGCUUCAGGGCCAGGCACAAGCGCGACGAGGAGUUAUAAUCAAUAUGGAGUCAUUCCAGGGUCAAGGAAUGCAGGUCCACAGGGGCCAAUUCCCUUAUGUAGAUGUCUCAGCUGGUGAAUUGUGGAUUAAUAUAUUGCAUGAAACCUUGAAAUAUGGAUUAGCACCAAAAUCUUGGACUGAUUACCUCCAUCUUACUGUUGGAGGUACACUGUCUAAUGCUGGCAUCAGUGGGCAAGCAUUUCGACACGGCCCUCAGAUCAGUAAUGUCCAUCAGCUGGAGGUUGUUACAGGAAAAGGAGAAGUCUUAAUUUGUUCGAAGGAACAGAAUGCAGACCUAUUCCAUGCUGUUUUGGGAGGACUUGGACAGUUUGGCAUAAUAACUAGAGCAAGAAUCUCUCUGGAACGAGCCCCAAAAAUGGUGAAAUGGAUAAGAGUGUUGUACUCUGAUUUCUCCACAUUUGCUAGAGACCAAGAGCAUUUGAUAUCUGCUGCAAAAACAUUUGAUUACAUAGAAGGGCUGGUGAUAAAGAACAAAACAGGUCUAAUGAAUAACUGGAGAGCAUCUUUUGACCCUCAAGAUCCUGUUCAAGCUAGCCAUUUUGUAUCAGAUGGAAGAACACUCUAUUGCCUUGAACUUACCAAAAAUUUAUACCCCGAAAAAUCGGAUACAGUAAACCAGGAAAUUAAAGACUUAUUAUCGCAACUAAGUUAUAUCCCAUCAACACUAUUUAUGUCAGAAGUUCCAUACAUAGAAUUUUUGGACAGAGUUCAUGCAUCAGAGCUAAAACUUCGAUCGAAAGGACUAUGGGAUCUCCCACACCCAUGGCUCAAUCUUCUAGUUCCCAAAAGCAAAAUACAACACUUUGCUAAGGAAGUUUUUGGCAACAUCCUAAGAGAUACUAACAAUGGCCCUGUUCUUGUCUACCCCAUUCAUAAAUCAAAGUUGGAUAACAGAACCUCAUUUGUUUCUCCAAACGAUGAUAUUAUCUACCUAGUGGCAUUUUUAUCCCAUGCAAAUCCUUCAUCCAAUGGAACUGACAGUUUAGAAUAUGUCUUAACUCAGAACAAAAGAAUAUUAGACUUCUGUGAUGUGGCACACCUAGGAGUCAAGCAAUAUUUGCCUCAUUACACAACACAAGAACAGUGGAGGACCCACUUUGGUCCAAAAUGGGAAGUAUUUAUACAGAGGAAAUCUGCUUAUGACCCUUUAGCUAUGCUUGCUCCUGGUCAGAGAAUUUUCCAAAAGGCAGUAUCAGUUUCAUAACAACUGAUAGCAACGGAUAAUUCUACGAUAGAUAAAGAGUCAGAGAUGGGUAAAUAUGCAGAAUGAAUAGAAAAUGAAAAGUUGGUUGUAGCUAAUGUAAAUGUGAAUAGCUUAUUAACUUCACAUGUUCCUUAUGCCUUCUCUGCACAUGUAAGUUUAAGAGAAGGCUAGCUCUUUAAGAUAUAGAUUAUUGUAUCAAGAUGCAAAGAAAAAUAUUGACUCAAUGUAUGAAUUCUUUAAUUAAUAUUCAUGAUAUCAUAUUUCCUGUCU